AAUUCAUUCGCUUUUUAGCAGUGGCGGUGAUAUGCAGCAAAUUUUCGCUUCUAUUAACGCGCGUCUAACUCGUUCGAAAACGCAACAAAUACACAAAUAAUAAACACAAAAUAAUACAAAAAAAAAACAUAUUUUGUCGUUUCGAUUUGGCGGUGUAUGUACGAAUGUUUGUGAGUGUGUUCAAGGGAGCAAUCAACUGCAAACGCACCAAUUUAAAACGCGUCCAAAUACCUCUCUCUCUCUUCUUCUUCGCCGGAUAUAAGUGUGACUGAGGCCAUUCGCGCGUUGUUAUGUGUUUGUUUGUAUGUGUUCAUGUGCUUAAAUAAAAUAAAUGCGAAAUUUAUGUAAACAGAUUUCAAAAAGGAAGUCAUGUUUUUUUAAAAAAAGUUAAAUAAAUUAAUUACUUGAAACAAAAUAUUUUAUGAAAAUCAAAAUUGCAUUGAAAUUUUGCAGAUCCUGCAUUAAACCAUAGAAUUAUUCUUUGAAUAUCAAAGGAAACAGCUGCAAAAGUAGUUACGUAAAUAAAUCGUUUCUUACAAAACAAGUUACGCCCCAGCUAAAAUCAAUGAGAAAAAAGCAAGUAAAACAACAGAAAAAUACAUCUGAGAAUCGUGAAGCCAAUGUUCUUGGAGAAAAAAAAGAAAACAACAAUUAUUUAGUGUUUAAUUAAAUAUUAUUGCAAGAAAAAAUUAACAUAUGUUUAAGGAAUAAUAAAAGCCUAUUCUGGAAUUCCAUUUCACCGGAGUACCCAUUAUGAAAUAAAGAAAAGAUAAUCAUUACCAAAAAACACACACAAUAAACAAAUAACAGAGCACCAACACCAACCACAGCACAACGGCAGCGAGCAGCAACAGCAGCUAAACGGAACGGAGACGACUUUGACUCAACGCAGUCGUGUUACGUAUGCGAAAGGGAACGGUUACAUCAAACGUUGAAAGAAAAUAUAUUUUUUAAUAAAAUAUCGGAAGAAAAAUUAACAUGAAAAAUUAAAAAAAAAAAUACAAAAUAAAUAAAAAUAUCAAAAAGUGAAAUAUGAUUUAAAAAUUAAAGAAAUAUGCAAAAAAUAAUUCUACAUUUUAUUGAAAAGUGAAGUGUCUAUUGUGAAAUAAGCAAUCAAAGUUACGUUUGAAUUUUCAAAAGUGCAAAAAAUUAAAAAAAAUAUUCGUAAUUAAAUUUUCUUGCAAAAUAAGAAAAAUUAAAGAAAAAAUUAUUCGGAAAUAAUUGCCGAUAUUCUAUAAUGUCUAAAAGUGCCACUGAGCAAUUUCAAAUUAAAAAGAAAAGAAAACAUCCAUUAAACGGUCCAGCCGUUGUUAUUUCAAACACUGCAUCGCCAGUAAAUCAAAAUCAAGAUAUUCAAACAGAUAAACUACUACCCAGUUUUAAGCGUUACGUCAAAGACAUCACAUCGGACGCCAUCAUCAAAGAGAAUUUCUCAGAAUUCCAAAUUGAUGACAAGCUGAAUCAUUCGUCGUUGUAUUUCAAACCAAUUACAGCUGGUGACGAAACUGCAGACAUCUAUUUAGAUUCGGAUUGUAUAGCUGCUGUGGCGGCGACAGUCAAAUCGCACGCUGUUGCCACACCCCCUCAGAACAAUCUCAACAGCACAGGCGUUGGAGCAGAAGCAGCAGCACCAGCAACAGCUAUAUCGUUGUCCACAAACUGUUUACGUGACAACGUGCAGGCACAAUCAUUGCUACGGGGAAAAUCGUUUACAUCCAAUAAGGCCAACAACAAGACAAUGCCACUGCAACACGGUUUCUAUGCCAGAGGAGCCUCGGCCAGCAAAAGAGCCUUGAAAUCAGCAAAAGUGCAGUCGAAUUCUCCAACGUUGACGAGUAGACAGCCGACAACAAGGGAUGCGAAACGACCCCGACAUUCUUUGGGUGCCAACUCGGCAAUUGAUGAUAAUGUGAAAACUCUUUCACAGUCCCUGAUGACAGGACAAACGGCUGACAAACUACACUUUUCCUAUCUGGUGGGUGAGUCCUUAGCCCGUCAUGGCCGGCUGCAGGAGGCAUUCGACAUUUAUGCCCUCAUAGCCAGUGAACAACCCAAAGGAUUUAUACCCCUGGAAAAACUGAAUGUUUUGGCUACAGCUCUGCUGGAAUACAUACGAAUGCUAAGCAGCAGUUCCAAAAAGUCCAGUGACAACUCUGACAAAACUGUGUCGUUGACUACAAAGCCCCGUGACGAUAUACCACAACUGACCAAUCUUUCCACUACCACAACCACGAACCACUCUGGCCCCUCAAGUCUGGCUACAUCGUGGCAACUUGCAGCAGGUGCAUUUAAUGCCAAUCAAGGACACUCCAAUUUAAUAACGGAUAAUCCAACAUUAGCUACAACGGAGAAUUUAGAUUUGCACAAUCCUUCGCGAGAGCUAGCACGCAACAAAAGUCCCGUACUUCUGGACGAUUGUGAUCCGCUGUUGUGUCCGCUGUGUCGCGAUAUCUUACGUUGUCCGGUUACCGCGAACUGUGGUCACACAUUUUGUCGUCAAUGUUGUGAUACCAUUACCAUGUGUAACAUUUGCCAUAUUCGAUUUCCGCGUCUGCACAAGGAAGAACCAAUAACGGAAACAUUGAACUUGACCACUCUGUCGACAGCAACAAGUACUACGACUAGCAGCAGCAGCAGCAGCAGUAGUCGAACAAUGAGCGGUUUAACAGCGAGUAUGCCAAAUUUCUCAAACUCCCAGUCGCAAUCACUUUUCUCCUUUAGUCCAACAAGCGUUGUAACCAAUAGCAUUGACAAUGCAUUGGGUCCCAUGGCCAAUGAUGAAAUGUCACGUUUACGCCUUGUCACAUCGCCGCCAUUGACGCCAACAUUGGCCGGAUCUCCGACAACGGUAACGACCACUACUAUUGCAUGCACUACCGAUACGGCUACAACGACAAUGGCUGCUACGUCUUCGUCUACGCUGAGUACUGGCUCUCGUGGCAGUUCCAGCUCCAAUGAUAAUAUGAAAUUUAUGCCCGACGUGUUGGUGAGACGUUUGGUUGAGAAAUGGUGGGGACCUGAUUUGCAAGCGAGAAAAAUUCUAGAGACAGCAACAAGUUAUAUGCAUUUAAAUUUUCUCGACGAUGCAUUGAAAUUCUGUAACGUCAGUUUAGAGAAAGGUAAGUUGAAAUUUAAAUAUAUAUAAAUAAAAUGAAUUAGAA